CGAUUAUGAACGCUGCCUGCCACGGCCCACCUCAUACUAACAUCGUCCAAAAAACUUCUUCAGAUAUGCUUGAUAGUCUCGAGGCUCCUCGCUGUGAAAUUUUCUCCGAUGCUACCAAUGUUCGGGAGAGCUUGCACUUCCACGCAUCUCAGCUUCCAACACCAGUUACACCACUAGAGUCUGAUGGCAAGCCAAAGCGCCGUAUGUCACAGUCUGACGAAACACCUACAAAGAAGCCGAGACUGAUGGUUGCGGAGUCGAGCAAUGACGCAAUCGACGUUGACGUUGAAAUGGACGAUGUUGUCGUCAAAAGACGAGGUUGUCGCCGUACAGCAUUUCGAAUGUUAGGCCUAGCCUCCAAUGGUCAUCCUACUGGACCUCAUCGAAACAUCUUGCCAUCUCGUAACAUUCUGCAGUCGUUUGUGUCCUCACAAAUAUCGGAUGUUUUCAAAUGUUUUUCAAGAACAGUUGACUCUUUCGUCACACCCCCUUACGCCUGUGCAUACUCCAAUGGUGCAAAAAGUGGUGGCGUGCCCCUUCUUGCCGUUGCUACAGAGCAGGGAUCCAUCGCCAUACUCGAAACGACCAAACGGAAAGAAUGGGAUUGUGAACCUCCGCAAGUGAAUCUCGAGCCCCAUGACAAUGGUAUCUUCGAUGUCAAAUGGAGUGCGGACGACGCUCUUCUCGCUACGGCAUCUGGAGAUAAAAGCACCAGAAUAUCCUCUGUUGAGACGCAACAAUUACUUUCCAUUCUUGAUGGUCAUACCAGCACUGUAAAAUGCGUUGCGUGGGAUCCGACGCAUCGAGACCUCUUGACUACAGGUGGCAGGGACGGAAUGCUUUGCUUGUACGACUUGCGUGUCAACAACUUAUCUGAUGAAGAUGAAAUUCCCGCAAGAAGCCCUGUGAUCACAAUCACUGCUGCUCACGGACAGGAUAAAGCUUCCGGUGGCAGACAAAAGCUUCGACCUUUGCCCAGGGGCAUCACGAAUAUCAUUUACCCCGAUGACCGGCCUCACGGACUAGUCAGUAGUGGAUCGUUUGAUGGCAUCUUACACUACUGGGACCUUCGCCUUCCUUCGGACAAGUCCUCGAAGCGCAGCCCUAAAAAACCGUCAUUCAAGCCACUAUUUUCCUCUGGCAUGGAUCCGACUACAUUCCAUGGUGCUCGUUGUCGAGGCAUCACAAGCAUGUCUCAAGGAUCGGGUCCUAGCGCAGGCCUCCUCUUCGCUCUCGGUGCUGAUUCUCGCUUGUACACAUAUUCUUACCCCACCCUUACCCCGCUUCGCACUGAAACACACCCUAAUCUGCAAACGAACUCAUUCUAUGUCCGACUAGCCACUUCUCCAUGUGGACGCUGGCUCGCAAGUGGCAGUACAAGCCGAGCUGGAAGCUUGUUCCUUUUUGACAUCAGCAACGCUGGCAAAGUAGCGCCAUCGUACGGCAAGGGUGCUGGUGAACCAGUUUCCCCAGCAGUCCGUUUCCGUGGACAAUCGGGUGAAAUUGGAGCAGUCGACUGGGCAAGUGACAUGGUUGCGAGCUGUGCUGAUGACGGGACAGUACGAAUUUGGAGGCCUGAUGUGGAGUUGUAUCAAAACUGUAUCACCAACUCAGAGGAACAUAAGUGGGAAUGGAUGUGGUCCACCUAAAUCCAUUGGUCUACCUUUCUUGACGUGGGUGUAGUAUAUCUCGUUUGUUGUUAUUGAAGAAAUUUCUUCAUCAUUAAACCUAGCGAUAUGGAUGUUGCUGAGCUUAAUGUUUCAUCAUGAUGGCUUGCAGUGCGGUGACCUUUUCGUUUGCAUUAUUAUGAGCGUCUGAUGAAUUGAUGGUCCGCGCAACACCGAAGGGAGACGAACAGGAGGCUGAGGAAAUUAUUGAACUUCAGUUGAAGUGCUUGCUCAAUUCGAGCCUUUAAUAAUUGUGCACUUC